AUGCCAGCCAUGAAGAAAACCAGCAGUUACUUUCGGAUACCUCUAUAUCAGCUAGUCCUGUUCCAAGAUAUCAUCACCGAUGGCGUUCUCAAUCACGAGUGGGACGGAAAUGGCACGGCGGAAGAUCCUUAUUUGGUCGACUGGCUUCACGAAGAUGCUCGUGAUCCCCACCAAAUGCAAGAUUGGCUGAAAUGGUCCAUUACACUUCUACAAGCCGCUUCCUUUUUGUCCAUUACUUUUGCUUCGUCUGCACUUUCAGCAGCCAACCCCCAGAUCCAGGAACGGUUCGGAAUCAGCACUGAGCUAGUUGUUGCCGACACCUCGCUUUUUGUUCUUGCCUUUGCCAUCGGGCCAGCUAUCUGGGCUCCACUUUCCGAGCUCUGGGGUCGUCAGGUCAUCUACUUCAUCACGUACGGGUUGACUACACUAUUUGCCGGGGCAACAAUUGCAAGCCCGAACAUUGCGACAUUGCUAGUUUUACGGUUUCUCGCAGGCGCAUUUGGCUCUUCGGCUAUUUCCAAUGCUGGUGGUGUUGUUUCGGACAUGUACACAGCUCGUGAUAGAGGGCUGGCUACAAUUGCUUUUAUUGGAGCCCCCUUCUUAGGUCCUAGUCUCGGACCGAUCACUUGCGACUUUUUGGCAGUGUCAAAAGGCUGGGAGUGGGUUCAAGGACUUACAACUAUAUUUAAUGGGGUGGUGUUCCUAAUUGGAAUUGCUUUCAUCCCGGAGACUUACACUCCAGUCCUGUUGCAGAAGCGCGCUGCUAAGCUCAGUAAAUUGACUGGAGCAGUCUACAAGAGUCGCCUAGACGUUGGCAAUGCAAAUCGGACUGCUAGCCAGACCUUCACCAAGACCAUGGUCCGGCCCUGGAUCUUGCUGUUUAUGGAGCCGAUUGUGCUGCUUUUGUCCAUCUAUAUGGCUAUCAUUUACGGAACAAUGUAUAUGGAGUUUGCUGCCUUUCCAAUUGUCUUUGAAGAAAACCUCAAAUGGCCCCAGAGCACCUCCGGCCUGUCUUUCCUUGGGAUGAUGAUCGGGCAAAUUCUUGGAUGCGCAUAUUCAAUCCUUGACGAUAGCCGGUAUAAGAAAGUCGCCGAUCGCACAACCCACGGUCGCCCACCUCCUGAAGCUCGACUCAUUCCGGCAAUGGUCGGAGCAGUUACCCUUCCCGUUGGACUGUUCUGGUUUGCCUGGACUAACUUUCCCCGCAUCCAUUGGAUCGUCUGCGAGAUUGGAACUGUGCUUUUCGGGUUCUCUCACGUAUCCAUCUUCUUGAGCGUAGUGAACUACCUUGUCGAUGGGUAUACUAUCUAUGCGGCAUCGGCGUUAGCGGGUAAUGCUGUCAUCCGCGCCCUUUUCGGCGCGGCAUUCCCGCUCUUUACAUCGCCAAUGUACCAGAAUCUUGGCAUUCACUGGGCCUCGUCAGUCUCAGCUUUCCUCGCUGUAGCUUGUCUACCAUUCCCGUGGAUCUUCUACAAAUAUGGACCAGCAAUUCGCCGCCACUGUCAGUACGCUGCGGAGUCUGCCCGGCAAUUAGAUGAAGUGGCAGACCGGAUGCGGACGCAGGUUGAGCAGAGAACAGUCAAGGAGAGGUCUGAAAGUGCGAUAGGUGAUGGCCCUGGCUCGACUGGUUCUCAUGAUGAAAAGAAUACUGGUGCAGUUGAAAGAAAUGAGCUAGCGUGA